AUGGAUACACGAUCAGUAGCGCCUAAGGUGCUCAUCGCAAUUAUCGGUGCAGGUCUCUCUGGUAUUGCGAUGGCAGUGCAGCUGAAACGCAAACUCGGAAUAAAUGACUUCGUCAUAUACGACCAAGCCUCGAGCAUUGGCGGUACCUGGCAGGCAAACAAAUACCCAGGUUGUGCUGUGGAUGUCCCAGGGCCGGCUUACAGCUUUUCCUUUGCCCCAAAUCCCAAAUAUACCAAAUGGUUCCCAAGUCAGAAAGAUAUCCUAGAUUACAUCAACGGCGUUGCCAAAUCAUACGGGAUAAAUCAUCAUGUGAGCCUAGGAACAUGUCUUGCGAAAGGAUAUUGGGAUGAAGCCAAACGAUCUUGGUUGUUGAAGCUUAAAAAUCUACAGACUGGGGAGAGCUUCACCCAAGAAUGUUCAAUUCUGAUCUCCGCAACGGGAAACUUGUCGCAACCGCACCAUGGAAGGAUUAGUGAUAUGGAAAUUUUCCGCGGGAGAGUAGUGCACACUAGCGAGUGGAACGAAAGUGUGGACUUGGAUGGCAAAAGGGUAGCUGUUGUCGGGAACGGAUGUUCGUCGGCCCAGCUGGUUCCCGCCAUCGCCGGAAGAUCACAUUCGGUAUACCAGUUCAUGAGAACACCGCAGACGUACGUUCCCAGCAUGAAUCCAAGAGUUCACCCUCUUCUUAAAUUUAUAUUCGUUCAUGCGCCUUUGCUCCUUUGCUUCUGCCGAUGGAUUAUUCUUAUGACGGGGGACUUGCUUUUCCAAGAGUACCGCAUAAGCCAGUUUGGGGACAGAGCAAGGAGGGCAUCCGAGAGGAGGAGUCUUGAGUAUGUGAAGAAGACUGCGCCCAUGGAAUACUGGCCUCUGUUGUUGCCAUCUUACCCCAAGGGAUGUAAACGAGUAGUUCGAGAUCACGGAUACCUGGCAUGUUUACGCCAACCUAAUGUCCAUGUUAUCGGGGAAGCGAUCGAGUCGUUGUGCGAAACCGGCGCAUUCACCAAGUCAGGGAAAUACUUUCCAGUGGAUAUCGUUAUAUUGGCGACCGGAUUUGAUACUUCGCGGCCUCAUUUCAAGCUCACUGGGCGAGAAGGAACCACCCUUACCGAGCAUUGGGAAGGAUUCGGCGCAAAGGAGGCCUAUAAAUCCGUUGCAGUGUCCGGAUUCCCAAACUUUUUUAUGAUCUAUGGACCAAACGGUGCCUUCGCGCAUACAUCGGCCCUCGUGGCCAUAGAAGCAUCUGUCAACCUGAUUCUCAAUGUAGCACAGCCAGUGGUUCAAAAACAAAGGAGCACAGUUGAGAUCAGCUUAGAGCGAGAGAGAGCAUACUACCAAAGGACAAGGCAGGGGCUUCGAGACACCAUUUGGGAGAAUUGCCAGAGUUACUACAAGGACUCGUCGGGGCAUAACGUAUUCUUGUACCCUUGGAGUGCGGCGUGGUUUUAUCUUCACAUGGCCUUUGAGCGGAGAAGCUCUUGGCAAUACUCCUAA